AAUAAUGCUGCCAGAAUCAUGAUAUUUUGCUUUUACUGACAAUCAAGUUUAUUUAUAUGUUAAAACAAGUACAUGUGCUUUGUAAGGUUAUAUGAAUGUUUGAAAGAUGUAUAAUUAGUCAUCCAUAAGCGAUUGUUGUGAGCGUUUAGUGAAUGAAUAAGGAAUUAAAAUAAACUGAAGAAUGACUUUGGAAGAAAGUAGUGAGGAGCGUUCCCCGUUGAAACCCUUACACAGUCUGAGUAACGAGCCCCCUGACGAGCCUCGACUGCGACCCAUGAUUCACCGCUGCGUUGACCCUCCGGUCUGCGAGGACUGCCAGAAGCUCGAGCUUGCCUUCUUUGAUCCAGGUUGUUCGGGGUGCCACGAGAUACUGGUCAGUCCUAGUACAAAGAUCCCUGAGAUAUUUGCGAUCAUGCGCCAGUGGACGCCACAGACUCAGCAGAAUAUAGACAUACUUGUGAAUGAGAUUCUCCAAAGGGGUGGGCACAUAAAUGACAGGGACGGUCUCACUGACAUGACCCUACUGCACUACGCCAGCAAAUCUGGGGCCGCUGGAAUAGGGGACGCAAACCUCGCGGCAGAAGUGGUCAGCAUGCUGCUUUCCAAGGGAGCCGAUCCUCACAUUCGAUGUCGAUGGACGAGCAUGACUGCCCUUCAUUACGCCGCGUAUUUCGACGUUGUGCCUGUCAUUAAAAUACUGUUGAAGACGACAAAAGGAAUAGAUAUCAACAGUCGGUGUGCUGAAUUCGACAACGGUACUCCACUGCAUAUCGCUGCGUCCAACCUCGCCCAUGAAGCAGUGAAAGUUCUACUGCAGAACGGUGCCAACUCUCACUUGAAAGACAGCAUGGAUCGGAAACCACUCGACUGCAUCCCUGACCCCAGUGAGUUAGACUCAGACCCUGACAUGCCGAAAACUGUGAUAAAACUCAAAAAAACCUUGACUGAUGCGGACAAUGACUCUGGCAAGCGACCUCCUCCAAACUACGACCUUGUACAGAGCAAGGUCACACUCCAGGCGCUAGGGAUCAGUCUUGGGGACAAGGUUAUAGUAGGGGGCGUGAAGACUGGGACUCUGCGUUACUGCGGCCCUACUGAGUUCGCACCCGGGGUCUGGGCAGGCAUAGAACUGGACGAUGAGGCGGGCAAGAAUGACGGCAGCAUUGGCGGCAUAUCAUACUUCCAUUGCUCACCCAAACAUGGCAUCUUUGCGCCCAUUGGCAAGGUUGCUAAGCCUGGAACAGUGGUGAAGGCAUCGAGUCCAGCGAAGACAACGGCACCAGUGAAUCAAGGCACUGUAGAUGUUUCUCAUGUUACAUCGAAAGUCGACUCAGGAAAGCAAGAGAAAGGGGCUACUUGUGCAUCAUUCAGGAAAUCCCAAGGUUUGAACAAGUCACGAGGCAAUUCCAUAUCAUCGCUAGCAGAGAUAGAGGCCGGGGACCGAGUCAUUGUGGCGGGACAGAGAAAGGGAACGGUGCGCUUUGUGGGGGAGACCAAGUUUGCACCAGGCAGCUGGUUUGGUAUAGAGUUAGAUCGGGCAGCUGGGAAAAACGACGGCUCGGUGAAUGGUGUGAAAUAUUUUACCUGUCAACCCAAACAUGGUGUUUUCGCCCCGCUAUCUAGAAUUCAAAAGAUUCCUCAUAAGAAAUCAGUUCCUGGAAAUAACAGGAUAACAGAUGAAAGAGAGGAUGGGCUUGGUGACAAACGGUUCAGUUCCAACGAGUCCCUGGAUACAAUAAGCUGGGGUGCAGUGUCCGAGCGCGUGGACAGACGGGCUGUGAGCGCCAGUCACCAUAGAGACGGCAGGCCUCGGACACCGGUCAAGCGUCCCAAGAGUGGAACCAACGAGAGUAUAAUGAGGACCCCAGGCUCGAGCUCAAACUAUAAAUUGGAAAUAGGAAUGAGCGUGUUUUGUAAUAAUGAACUUGGCUGUGUGAGAUACAUUGGACCGACAGAUUUUGGCGAAGGGGUUUGGAUAGGGGUAGAGCUGCGAACUGCCAAGGGUAAACAUGAUGGAUCAGUGCAGGGCAAGCGGUAUUUCUCCUGUCGCCCAGACCAUGGACUUAUUGUGCGCCCAAACAAAAUAACCGUUCGCGGAAUAAAUGGAUCUAGACUUGUAACGGAGUUCUACGGUGCACAUGCGACGGAGAAUGGACUUAACCAUACAGAAAGUAAAGAUAUUGUUAAAUAGGUGUUAAUUGAUGAUAUAUUGAAUGUAUUUAUAUAUUUUCAUAUGUUGAUUUUAUAGGAAAUGGAAUUCAAUUUGUUGAAAAGAAAGUUAUGAUUACUUAAAAACAAAUGGUAUGAGAGCUUAUUCAUUUAAAUUAAAAAAUAUAUGUUUUUCAAUAGAUUUUUUUAUGCCCCCGGAUCAAUAGAUCGGGGGUAUAUUGUUUUUGGCCUGUCUUUCUUUCUUUCUGUCUGUCAUUCUGUCCCAAAACUUUAACCUUACAGUAACGUUUUGCAAUAACUUUUGAAAUAUUGAACAUGGCAACUUGAUAUUUGGCAUGCAUGUGUAUCUCAUGGAGCUGCACAUUUUGAGUGGUGAAAGGUCAAGGUCAUCCUUCAAGGUCAAAGGUAAAAAAAACACAAAAAAACUGCGCAUUAGGGGGCAUUGUGUUUCUGACAAACACAUCUCAUGUUUUCUUUUUUGUAAGCUAUAAAGUACAAUUUUGAGAUAGAGCUACUUUUCUUCAGAUUUUUAGUACAUUGGUUCGAUCAUGUAAACAUGUUCGAUCAUGUAAACAUGUUAUGUUAUUUAUCAUUGCAAUAAAAUAUAUAAAGAACAUUUGUUGAUUUCAAAAAUGUAUUAAAUUUCAUUAAUGCUGAUUUAAAAAAAUCAUGAGUGGCGUAGUAACAAAUUCAAAAACACUUUUUCUUUAACCACAAGUGAAAUAAAUAUUUGUUCACUCUCCAAAACCAAUAAAAUUUCUUUGUUGAUGCUUAAGCGCAAUAAAUAAACAAACAAAAAAUGAACAAAUCUUAAAUGUCAUAAUAAAUGUGUCAUGAUAUCAUUAAAAUGUGUGUGAAACAAUGUCAUAAAUAAGUAUAGUCUGAAAAAGCAUCGUAAUCUUUGGGGCAUAAUUGUAUCAAAAUUAUGGUUCUGUUUAUAUUUUUCUAGUAUCUAUGGUAAACACAUGUUUGUCUAUGAUAUGGAAAAGUCACUGACAUUGGUAGCCUUAUGUUAUUGAUGGAAAACUAUUGCAGUUUUUCUUGUAUUUUCACUCUGUGAAUAUUUUUAUAAACUGAAAUUAUCACUGACAUCAUUUUUUUUCACCAAUGAAAUAAAAUGCUACCAUUUUUUUAAUGAUCAGGUAUACAUGUUUAAAGGAUAACAUGCUGCCUACUUAAUUCCACAGAAUCCAAACAUGAAUAUAAUGAUAUGUUAUUGAUCUUGUUAACUCUGAAAUCUUCCUUAAAUGUGUGUGAUUCAAUGGCUGAAACACUUUAAAAUUUAAGUCAUAAGAAGGAUUGAGAAAAUAUGUGAUACUGAUGCUGAAGUUACCCUUGGGUGAAGCACCCAAUCACUUUACACAAUAAGCUGAACAAAUGUAUGUUUGCUGAUUUGCUUGUGUUCAUUAAUGCCUGAGUAAUUAUUUGCAUGUAAAAUCAUGUAUAUGCUGCUAUAUUUGUAGCAAUGAAUACCAUACUGCUUAUGCCAAAUGUGUUUACUCGAUGGAGAUAUUUAGGGAAUUCCACUGUCUCACUCAAAUAUAUAAAGGGUCCACAUCUUUUUAUUUUUUACUAUUUCAAGAUGAGCAAAUUUAGCAUUCCAGUGUUAAUGUGUAGGCUUUUCCUUAGCUUCAAUGGCUUAACUUGAAUGAUAUUUUUGCAUAGUUUUUCAUUAUCAACUCAAUGCAUUUGAAGAGAACAAUAUGUGUUACAGUAUUGAAUUGUUUUGUUAAAUGUGUAAAGUGAUGUUGAUUUUUAAUCCUAUUUCAAAGCACAUUCUUGAAUUUGUUGUUUGUUUUCUUGCCAUUGUCAUUGCCUUGUUUUUAAUCUUUUAGAAAUUUCGAAGAUGUAUACAUGUUGUUUUUCCAAUGCUACAUGUAUGUAAACAAUGAAGUUUUUACUUAAAACAUAUACAUAUUCAACAGCAUACAAAAGAAAUGAUCACUUAUGUAUAAUUGUCCAUGUACUAUGUGAGCUUAUCAAUCAGAAAAUUGGGAUUUAUGCCUGUGUGUAAAAGUUGCAUCCCAGAUAUGCCUGUGCAGGACUUCACAGUCUUAUCAGGGAAACACUUUCCAUAUAAUUAUUAUGGCAACAAUAGUUUGUCAAAAUCUUGCCUUGCUUGAGAAGUAUCAUACAAAUUAUGAUGAUUAAUGAAGUCUCAGUAGAAUUAACAAAGGUAUUUGCUGGUUAGAAGCUCUGAUAUUCUAAUAAUAAUAAAUAUUUGCAGCUGCAUCACUUAUUUGCAGUCGUUUGGAAAAAAUCAUUAAGCUUGCACUUAGAAAACAGGCAUGAUUUUAAAACAGCCCGACAUGCCAGAUUUUUUUGUUUUUGUUACAUUCUUUGGUAGAUACUGACCAAAUACUCCUUAAUUAGUUUUUAUCACGUAGCUUCAAAAGCAAAACUUAUUACCGGUAAUACUUAUACUUUGUCCGUAAACAAAUAAAAAAUAUUAGUGUUUAUUGUUUACAGAUUUUCAUCAUUGUUUUACUGUAUCAUUUUAUGUUGUCAUUAAUGCUACUUUUCAUAACGUGCGUCUUUUAAAAUAAGAUUUGCUUGUUUUGUAUUUUUUCACAAACACAAUAAUGCUUGUUUUGAUUUUGUUGUCUUUAUUGGUUGGAUUUUGGUUUGUAUCUUUGAAAUGAAAGUAUAUGGAAGAGAAAAGAAAAACAUUAAAAUAUGACACAAAAUAAA